AUGAAUGAUAACACCCAGGACGAAGAGGUGCUGAAGCAAAUUGAGAGGGAGGUGCGAAUGCAGGAGGGGGCCAGUAAGCUGCUGGCAGCCUGUUCCAGGAGAGAGCAGGCCCUGGAGGCCUCCAAGAGCCUGCUCACCUGCAACGCCAGAAUUCUGGCCUUGCUCAGCCAACUACAGGGGAUGAGGAAAGCUCAGAUUCUGCAGAGAGCGGGACGCAGGCCAUCUGAAGACAAAGUGCCGUGUUUGGGAAAAGUAGCCCUUUCAGACCUGCGAAUCCCACUGAUGUGGAAAGACUCAGAGUACUUCAAGAACAAAGGAGAGCUUCAUCGCUACGCUGUAUUCUGCCUGCUUCAGUGCGGCACAGAGAUCCACAACACUGAUCUGGUGAUGGUAGACAGGACUUUAACUGACAUCUGUUUUGAAGACUCUCUCAUAUUCAACGAGGUGGGCCCGGGGUUCCAGCUUCGUGUUGAGCUGUACAGCAGUUGUGUGGUGGAGGAUUUCUCCUCGGGGGCUCUAGGACCCAGGAGAGUGAGCUGUCUGGGUGGCUCUCUGGGAUGCUCCUCCGGGAAAAGGAUCCGUGCUGCGUUUGAGUCUGCAGCGUUUUGUGGAUCCAUUUCCAGCGGAGGAGGUUUCGGACCUGUGCGAAGUGCGUCACCGCCUUUAUCCCCUUACCUGUCUACACUGAGGCCUAAGUUUAACCUGCUGGCUCACACAACACUGAGACUCGAACACGUCCAGGAAGGUUUCAAAACUCAUGAUUUGUCUGUAGCAGCAACAGAGGACAGUCCAUUCUGGUUGCCUCUGUAUGGCAACAUGUGCUGCCGCCUGGUUGCUCAGCCUCUGUGCAUGAUUCAGCCAGUCAUAAGUGGCCAGCUCAAGGUUAAGCUUGGAGAGGACCUUAAUUGCUGGAAAAAUGUCUAUGGGACCCUCAGGGGACAAAGUCUUCUCUGCUAUCAGAGUCCAGAUAACCUGGAGUCUGAGGACAAGCCAUUACUUGUAAUCCCCAUCAAAAAGGAUACCCUCGUCUGUGUGUCAGACGGAGGUCCUGUCCAUUGCAAGAGUAUAUACGUCAGCACGCAGCACCAAGGCGAGGACGUGACCUACAUGCUGACCACGCCUGCACCUGAAGACACGCAGUGCUGGACCGAGACCCUCUGGCAACAAGUCUACAACAUGAGCCAGUGGAAGCAGUGCUGCAAUCACCUCAUGAAGAUUGAAAAGCUGAACUCCAGGAAACUCAUGACAGGGAAGCAGGGAUCGCUAUACCAUGAAAUAGUGACACCCUCCUCCCCCGGAGAGGGGCUCGUCGCUCCGGAUUUAUCUGCUGAAAUCCGCACUUUGCUCUCCUCCUACUACAAGGAAAGCUAUUGAUGACAGUCGCACUAAAGGGGUGCAGACCUGCUUGUGGUCACUGCGCCUGGUCAAGGAAACGGACACGGACGUGAAAUAUUUCCAGAUCUUCAGAGGACGCAUCCUUCUACCUCUCCUCCGUGAAUCCUAACGUCCCAACAAGCAAUAUUAGUUAAAAAAAGGUAGCGAACAGAGAGUGGGAGCCUGAAAACUAAACUUUUAAAUGCAAAAAAAAUCUCACUGUACCAAGGUCAUUUAAUUCAGGGACAAGCACUAAGCAGCAUAAAUAUUUGAUGUUGUCUGAUGCUCCUAAAGGUUUGC